AUGGCUUCGACUCUACCUUCUUCGCCCAUCUUCGAUGCCAUUGCCAAACAUGACCCCAAAACUGCAGCGAUCAUCCACAGUGCCUCCGACCGCACUUUUUGCUAUGGCAGCUUACUACACGAUGUUGCCGCCGCCAAAGACAACUUGACCGCUCUGACCGAUGGAAAGCCUUUGGCCGGCGAGAGAAUCGCUUUCUUAGCCGAAAAUGGCUAUGACUAUGUAGUCACGUUUCUCUCGAUCCUGUCCCACGACGCGAUUGCCCUCCCCCUGGCACACACACAUCCCAGCUCGGAACUGCGGUAUAUCCUGGAGAACAGCGAAGCCGCCCUGUUUCUAUCGACGGAGAAAUUCCAAGACAAAGCUAAAGAGGUGGUCAAAGAAGGUUUGAAUCAUACUCCUAAGCUGGAAAUCCUGUCCAAGAUCGAAACUGGAGCUGUGUCAGCAGAAAACGUCAAGUUCAGCGGCCAAUCUAUCGACCAUGGCGGAUUUAUGCUGUACACAUCCGGCACGACAAACCGGCCUAAAGGGGUGGUCUUGUCUGUACCGACAAUCACCGCGCAGGCGAGAUCUUUAAUAGAAGCUUGGAACUAUAGCCCGUCCGACUUGCUCCUGCAUGUUCUUCCUCUUCACCACAUCCAUGGAACGAUCAAUACGCUAUUCACCCCACUUAUGGCCGGAGCAGCCGUUGAAUUCGCCUACCCUUUCAAUGCAGACACCGUAUGGAAACGUCUUGCGGCACCUUUUCUCCCCCACUCUCCGCCCUCCAAAAGACCCAUCACAUUCCUCACUGUCGUGCCUACGAUAUAUAACCGCCUCCUCGCCUCACAUCCAUCUCUCGAUCCCGAUAUGAGAGAAGCAACCCGCACAGCCAUCACACCGCAAUAUAUGCGUCUCAAUAUCUCCGGCUCCGCUGCUCUGCCCACACCGACGAAAGCGGCCUGGACAGCACUCAGCGGUGGCAAUGUCCUACUCGAGCGCUAUGGCAUGACCGAAGUCGGCAUGGCUCUGUCCUGCGGAUUGGCCUUCGAAGAUCGCGUCGACGGCAGCGUCGGUUGGCCGUUACCCUCGGUGGAAGUUCGACUGGUAGAGACUGAAACCGGCGACGUCAUCCAACCAGGUGAGGAAACAGACCAAAAUGGCCAGUCGCGUGAAGGCGAGAUCCAACUCCGCGGGCCCACGGUGUUCAAUGAGUACUUCCGCAACCCCAAAGCCACGGCGGAAGAAUUCGCCGAGAGUGACGACGGACGAGGCAAAUGGUUCAAGACCGGCGACGUGGCCGUUCGCCAGCUCGUACCGGGAACAGGCCAAAGCGAGCAGUCCUGGGCCAAAGGGCCCAUGUACUUCAUCCGCGGCCGCAAGAGCGUCGACAUCAUCAAAACGGGUGGGGAAAAAGUAUCGGCGUUAGAGAUCGAGCGUGAACUGCUCUCUCUGCCUGAAGUCUCGGAGGCUGCUGUCGUAGGCAUCCCUUCAGAGCAAUGGGGCCAGAAAGUCGCGGCCAUCGUUGUGCUCACGAAAGGGGGCUUGACUGCGGGACGCGGUGGGAAGCCAUGGGGCGUCAUGGACAUGCGGCGCGCCCUGAAGGAUAAACUUGCAAACUACAAGAUUCCACAGGAAUUGAAAGUUGUGGAGUCGAUCCCAAGAAAUGCAAUGGGGAAAAUCAAUAAGAAGAGCCUGGUCACAGAUGUUUUUCCGGAGUAA